GGUUCAAUCCGAAACGAAAUGCUCUGAAAGGAGGAGAACUGCGAAACAUGGCUGACCCUGGAAAUAUAUGCUUAGACCUCUCAAGAGGAAGCCGCACCAUUGCGUAUCCUUGUCACAGACAAGGAAUAAAUCAGCACAUUUGGUACACAAAGAGCUUCGAGUUGAGAAACGAGUACAAGUGUUUGGAUUACGAUGGGAAGGACAUAUUUGCAUAUCCGUGCCAUGGCUUACAAGGAAAUCAAAUGUUUAGUUAUUUGGACAAUACGCAACAAAUUUUCCACGUUUCAACAUCUUUAUGUCUAACAAUUGAAACAGAAAAAUCCGGCGAUAACCAAACUUCCUUCAAGCUCGCAAUGGACACUUGCAAGGAGAAUGCAAUGAAUCAAAUGUGGAACUACGACUCAUUUAUCCGUGCCCAUGUGUGAAUUGAAAAUAUGUAGCCAUUAUAGAUAAGGAGAU